GAUGGAGGACAUGAUGGCGGGAUGUACCAUAGCGGACCAGGGGAGUGGAAUAGAUGACUGACGUGCUGCCCGACUUGCAGACCGACCCAGCAGCACCCAUCACCAUCCGGACCCGCAAGUUUAUUACCAACCGCCUCCUCUCCCGCCGCCAAUUUGUCGUUGACGUCCUACACCCAUCGCGAGCAAAUGUGCCGAAGGACGAGCUUGCCGAGCAGCUCGCGAAGAUCUACAAGGCCGAAAAGGGACGCGUCGUUCCCUUCGGCUUCAGGACACACUUCGGUGGUGGACGCAGCACGGGCUUUGCGCUGAUUUACGAUGACGAGGCAUCGCAAAGAAAGUUUGAGCCCAAGUACCGUUUGAUUCGGCUUGGCCUUAUCCAGGCGCCUCCUAAGACCAACCGUAAGCUGCGGAAAGAGCGCAAGAACCGUGCGAAGAAGCUCCGUGGCACCAAAAAAGUCAAGGCUGCGGAGCCGCCGAAGAAGGGCAAGUAAUGGUUGGGCGCGUCGUGUAUUAUCGGUGCUUUCAUCGUCUCUUGCAUUUCAUACCACAUUCGUCCCCCUCAUCCCCCACCCCAUCGCGGGGCAAACGUUGUGCCCCAACUGUAUCGUACUGCGUAUGCUGGCCUUCUCCUCGCUUUCAUGAGUCCUAUGCGCAUGCCGAACUAUGACCGUCACCUCGACCGCGCUGCAGCACUGCACAUGUGCCGUAGGACUUGCGGGUCCCCCAUUGCUCUGUUCGCCUCUGAUACCAUCAUAUUACGAGAUGCCUGGACAGUACAUUGUGGGUAUCGCAUGGGUGGUCUAGGAUAUUGCGUACGAACAGGAAGAAAGCACAGUGCAAUGACGACAUGAC